CUCCUCUCCUUCCGGACAAUCCCGUGGGAUCGGGAAUGCCGCUGCCUCCUCUCCUUCCGGACAAUCCCGUGGGAUCGGAGCCAGGCAGAGAGGAGGGAUCGGGAUUGGUGGGAUGGGGUGGGAGAGGGAUCCUGGAGCAUCCCUGGAUCCUGGCUCCGGGGGUGUAAACACUGGGAUCAGGGACAUUCCCACCUUCCCAGGUGUUAGGGAUGGGAUGGGAAGGAGCCACUUGGAGCAGGAACAUUCCCACCUUCCUGGAUGUUUGGGAUGGGAAUGCUGAGGAUGCUCCAGGUGGGGUUGAUGCAAACACUGGGAAGAGGGAAAUUCCCAAUUCCUGGAUGUUUGGGAUGGGAUGGGAAGGACCCACUGGAAGCUGGAACAUUCCCACCUUCCCAGAUGUUUGGGAUGGGAUGGGAAGAGAAGAUGGAUCCCAGAGCAUCCCUGUAUCCCUGGCUCCAGGGGUGUAAACACUGGGAAGAGGGAUCCUGGAGCAUCCUUGGAUCCUGGCUCCAGGUGUGUAAACACUGGGAAGAGGGAAAUUCCCAAUUCCUGGAAGUUUGGGAUGAGCUGGGAAGCAACCACUGGGAUCAGAGACAUUCCCACCUUCCCAGAUGUUUGGGAUGUGCUGGGAAGGAGCCACUGGGAUCAGGGACAUUCCCACCUUCCCGGCCGUGUCAUUCCCAACCAUAACCUGGAAUAUUCCCCUUCCUGCAUCCAGAGGGACGAGGAAUCCCCGGGAUUCCAUUCCCGGGUUAUCCCGGCCCUUGGGAGCGACACAGACCCCCCUGGGAAUGUUCAUUAUCCCGGGAAAAGCCUCUUUGGGAACGUCAUUCCCGCUUUUCCCGAGCCGGGAUUGGGCUCCCAUCCCUCUUGGAAUGCGGAUUUCCUGCCGAUAUUCGGGAAUUUUUUCCCUCUUGGGCACCUUUUUCCCCUCAAAAUCAUGGAUUAAUCCCAGAUUUUCCUUGGGAAUGGGAUCCUUUCGCUCUUCCCUUGUUUUCUGGGAAGAAGGAAUAACUGGGAAGAGCCUUUUCCCUCCUCUAGUUCGGGAAUAUCCCAAGGGAAUUGUCGCUUCCCAAAGGUUCGGAUCUACACAAAUCCCAUUUUCCAUUGGAAUUAACUCCCCUUUUCCCUCUCCCAGUUGGAUAAAAGCACGGAUUGGGAUCCGCCAGGGCUUGGAAUUCCGGUGGGAUCUCCUUCCCGCCCAAUUCCCUGGAAAACUCCCCCCCUUAUCCUUAAUUCUGGCUCCGGAAUUCCCUUUUCCCUUCCCCCUUUUUCCCCCCGGAGGAAGGCGGAUGAUCCCGUUUUCCAGGUACUGCAAUUCCCGGAAUUCCGAGAUUUCCCAGCCUUGGGAAUGGUUUGGAGGCUUCUCCCGUUCCUGCUGCUUCUCCUGGGAAUUUUGGGGGGGUUUCCUGGGAAUUUUGGGGGGUUCUCCGGCCUUUUUCCCGGCUCGUUUGGAGCUGAUCCCGCACUUUUCUCUUCCCGGGAUUCCCGAGGGUGGGGGUGGAUUUUCCUCCAUUAAAUCCCGUUGGGAAUAACGGGAGAGCCCUG